CCUCGGGGCGGAGCCGGCGGAGCGGGGAGCGCGGAUCUCGGCGGAGCCCCGGCCCCGAGCCCCGGCAUGAGCUUCCCGCGGCCCCUGCGCCGCUCCGUGAGCCUCAGCCCGGCCCGAACCCUGCGCCUCGUCGUGCUGGGGCAGGGCGCCGUGGGCAAGACAGCAAUGACAGUAAGAUUCAUCACCAGGAGAUUCAUUGGAGACUACGACCCGACCCUAGAAAUGAUUUACAGACACAUGGCUGUCAUCGACGGGGAGGUGGUGCACUUCGAGAUCCUCGAUACAGCGGGACAGGAGGAGGACUCCCUGCAGAUCGAGGAGAAGAUCAAAUGGGGCGACGGCUUCGCUGUGGUCUACUCGGUGACGGACAGGUGCAGCUUUGAUGAGGUCAUGCGGCUGUGUUUCCUCAUCAACCACAUCCACUCGAGCCCCAAGCGGAGCAGCGGGAGCGAGCAGCCCCCCGUGGUCAUCGUGGGCAACAAGAAGGACUUGCAGUUCGACAGGAUGGUGUCCACGGAGGACGGCGAAAACCUCUCCAAAGCCUUGAAGCUUCCUUUCUACGAGAUCUCCACCCGGGACAGCUACGAAGACACCGUGGUGGUGUUCAACACCCUCUACCAGGAGCUCAUGAGACAGGGGCACUUCUCCCCGGGCUCCUUCAAGAGGAGGACAGUGUCGAAGCUGAUGGAGAAGAUCCCCAAGAUGCAAGCCAGCUCCACCUUGAACUCAGCAGGCAGGAGCCUCAGCUUUAACUCCUUCCGGGACUACAUCCCCGAGUGAGCGUCUCCGGUGCGGAGGCGAGAGCGACAGCCAAGCUGGGACGGAGGGACAGGUUACCCCGCGGCGAGGGAGCCCGCUGCUUCAGCCCCAGGGUUGGGGGGCAGCUGGGGGGGCUGUGCUGGCUCCCGGCAGGGGAAGGUUAAGAGGUGGGGAGGGUGGGAUUGGGCUCCGACAGCCUUUUACAGCCCGUAGGUUUUUACAAACAGGCUUUGCGUCGGCAGGGAAGAUGUUUCUUCGUCUGCCUUGCCUCUUUGCUUCCUCUUCCUCCUCCUGCGUGGCUGAAGUCAGUAGUGAAGGCGGUUCGUGGUGACUUCGGUGGUGUUGGGCCAACCCUUGCGGGCUCAGAGGCGUUUUGGUGGGGAUCAGAUCCAGCACAGACACGUCUGGCUCCUGCGCUGUCGCCAGCCGUCCCUGUCCUGGGGAAAACAGCCGUCGCUUCUGCCUCUCGGUGUUGCUGGUGGGUGAAAUCCCCCGGCUGCUCAAAACCUUUCCAGCCUGGCCGGCUGCUCUGCCGUGGUGGUCGCUGCCCACAGCCAUCCCUGGGCACCCCUGGACCCACCUGCCGUGUGGGUCUGGGGGGGCUGCAUCCCCCCCCGCCUUUGCCGUGGCCCUCCCUGAAGAGCCCGGCCAGCCGGUGUGCCCAUCCGCAGCCGCCAGCGGCCGGCCAUCGGGGCCCGGGGCUGCGCUUCCAGCCCGGUUUUCCCCUGGGGCUGCGGGGGGGGCAGACCCCCUCAUCCUGCUGCAGAGGGGCAGACCCCCUCGUCCCCCACCUGCAGGGGGGCAGACCCCCUCGUCCCGCUGCGGAGGGGCAGACCCCCUUGUCCCCCCCCGCGGAGAAGCUGUGAGGUCCCAGCUCUGCCCGAGCCCUUCGCCCUCCCUGGCUGCUCGUGGGCUGGCACCAAGGGCACGUUUAAAACCAAACCAGAGAUCUGUGUACUGGGGGGGGGGAAGCCUGUUAAUCCCUGGCUUUUCUAAAAACCAUUUUUUAACAUUUCAGGCUCCUUGGCGCGCUCUCCUUUAAUAACAGCGUAGAUAAACCCCCGGGCGCAGGGCAGCGAAGGCGGCAGAAGUUGCUGCUCCAUCUCAGGCUGGAGGCACCACGCGCUCGGUGCUUCGCCGGGGCUUCUGCCUUCGCUGAGUCUGCGCCCGGUUUUAUGUCUCCAUCUCGCUCGGGGCAGCUCGUCCCCAAGGGGAGGCAACUCAGACAGACUGCGCUUCUGGUGCACGCUGAAACCUUAGGCUACCGUCACGCUUCUCCAUCCUAGAGGAAUCGUUUCCUGGGGCAGCUGCUCCGUUAAUGCCUUUGCCCUGCGACUCAGCUGAGCGCAGCGAGAGCGAAGCCAAGGGGGGCGAUUUGAAGAACGGAAGCACCGGAGCCGAUAGUGGGAGGCACAAAUGAUGCUCCCUGCAGGAACCCCCUUGUCUCCUUAUUCAUUGCCCCGUCCCCACAGGGAAAACCGCCGUGGCCCGAGAAUUUGUCUUUUCGCGCAGAGAUGGGGCGGCAAAGGCAGGGAAAGGAGCAGGGCUUGCGGCUGAGCGGCAUCUUCUCCCUGCGGCAUCGUUUCUCUCCCUCCCGCCUGGCGCAGAGCGCUGCGUUGCCGUUCGAGGUGAAUGCGCUGGAAGACCCGCAGUGUAACACCCCUGUGUGUCCCCCCCCCCGCCCCGUAGCGACCUGUCGCGUUGUCUGCCGCUGCGUUCUGUGACAAUAAAAGCCAAGUUAGCAACUGCC